CCCCCUGCGGCUCUCAGCACAUCCGCACCGAUCAGCACGUAGGUCGUUUUUGGAACUUGUUCGGUUCUGGCAGAAAUGGAUUAGCCGAGAGAGAGCGAGACCUAUUUUCCCUCCACACUCUUUACUCUUUUCUUUAUUUAGUAAUUUCUGCUCCUCGCUACCUCACGAUGGCGUCGUGCUCUCCAGCUGUGCGUUUUUGCCAGAAGCUGAACAGGCUGAAGACGUUAGAGGAUGAUAUGAUGGCGACGUCCUUGAGGCGCUGUCUCUCCACGCUGGACUUGGCGCUGCUCGGCGUGGGUGCGAUGGUCGGAUCGGGUCUCUACGUCCUCACUGGAGCCGUUGCCAAGGACUUGGCGGGACCGGCCGUUGUGAUUUCGUUCCUGGUGGCGGGCGUGGCGUCUCUCAUGGCGGCUCUGUGCUAUGCUGAGUUUGGCGCCCGUGUCCCCAAGACGGGCUCCGCCUACAUGUUCACGUACGUCUCUGUGGGUGAGAUCUGGGCGUUUCUGAUCGGCUGGAAUGUCGUUCUGGAGUAUAUGAUCGGAGGUGCGGCAGUGGCUCGCGCCUGGAGCGGCUACCUGGACUCCAUCUUUGACCACCGCAUCCGGAAUUUUACAGAAAGUCACGUGAUGCGCUGGGACGCACCUUUCCUCGCCACGUAUCCAGACUUUCUGGCAGCAGGAAUACUGGUCAUUGCGUCUUUCUUCAUUUCAUUCGGUGUCCGUGUCUCAUCCUGGUUAAAUCACAUUUUCUCUACGAUCAGCAUGUUAGUCAUUGCGUUCAUCCUGGUCUUUGGAUUUGUUUUGGCUGAUCCAGAAAAUUGGAGCGCCCGCAAAGGAGGUUUUGCCCCUUUUGGUUUUUCGGGCAUCAUGGCAGGAACGGCCACCUGUUUUUACGCGUUUGUAGGCUUCGAUGUUAUAGCUGCAUCCAGCGAAGAGGCACGUGACCCUCGGAAAGCUAUUCCCAUGGCAACCGCGAUCUCGCUAGCCCUGGCAGCAACAGCCUACAUCCUGGUUUCGAUGGUUCUGACGCUUAUGGUCCCAUGGAACACACUUGAUCCAAACUCGGCACUCUCAGAUGCCUUCUUCAGGCGCGGGUACAGCUGGGCCGGCCUUAUCGUGGCUGUGGGAUCCAUCUGCGCUAUGAACACAGUGCUGCUCAGCAACCUCUUCUCUCUGCCUCGCAUCAUCUACGCCAUGGCUGAGGACGGCCUCUUCUUCUCCGUUUUCUCACGCGUCAAUCCCGUCACCAAAGUGCCCGUCAUUGCCAUCCUGGUCUUCGGCAGCCUCAUGGCUUUCCUGGCGCUCAUCUUCGACCUGGAGGCUCUUGUCCAGUUCCUUUCCAUCGGCACGCUGCUAGCGUACACCUUCGUAGCUGCGAGCAUUAUCGUUUUGCGCUUUCAGCCUGAGAAAACUUGCAGUGCUAAGAAAGAUGCCUCAUUGCCCUCUCCUGGUCAACAGAGCCACUCUGGCACAGAACUCAAGGAGGACAGCGGCGAGCUGAAGGAGUACGAGUCGUUUUCAGAUAAACUACGCCUGGUGGAGAGGCAGAAGUCCCCAGGUGCACUCCGUGCCCGCUGGGAGCCGUACCUGGGUACUGUAUUGGGAGACUGGGCACCGGGCGAGGUGGUGGCGUUCAGCGUGUUGGCGCUGAUGGUGAGUGCCGUAUCACUCUGCGCAGUGGUGGUUUUUGGACAAAGCUACCUGCAGCUGCCUACCUGGAGCUUCGUCCUGUUGGUGGUCAUCUUCAGCCUGGCGUUCAUCCUUAGCAUCAUCAUCAUCUCCUUACAUGAGCAGCAGAGGAACACCAAGACCUUCCAGGUUCCCCUGGUACCGUUUGUCCCUGGUGCCAGCAUCCUGCUGAAUGUGUUCCUCAUGAUGAAGCUCAGUCCGCUCACCUGGAUCCGGUUCACCAUCUGGGUAGCUGCAGGGUUGUUGGUGUAUUUCGGUUACGGCAUCUGGCACAGUAAAGAAGGCCUGAAGGAGCCGCAGUGCGUCUCCGCCCGCUACGUUGUUCUGCCCAGCGGGAGUUUGGUGGAAACCGUGCAGAACGUCCAGCCUGAGGGACACGCACACACACACACUCACACCCCCGCAUCAAACACUCCUACGCCAACCGGCGACGACCCGCAAGCCAACAGAUGAUCUGUGUCUGUGUGCGAACACGUCUUUAACACGCUAGUUGUGUAGUGUGUAUGUGUGUGUGUGUGUGGGAGUGUGUGGGUGUGUUUUUAUGCUUCUCUCCUUUACUGCCACAGUCUGUUCUGCCUUUCUGAGGAUCAUGACCAGGUUCUAGAUUUGGGAUUAUUUAAAGAAAUAUGAAGAGUCUCUGUACUGGAUGUAAGUACGUGUGUGUGUGUGUGUGUGUGUGUGUGUGUGUAUGUGAGUGAGUGAGUGAAUGUUCUCUUUGUGUAAUUCUGACUUCUGGCUUUUGUUGCAUCACUUCCUGUGAUGACUUUAUAACCGGAUUAUUUGGUCAAAACUACAGCCGGAAAGAAAGAUUCGUUCCCAUGAACUGUUCACACGUCAGCGGUUAUUAAACUCUAAUUCAUCGGCACACGCGGUUUAUUACAGCGAGAAAACAACCACGCAAGCUGACAUGAUUUCUUAAAGUGUCAUGUUUCCUUGUCAUUUUUCUAUCGAUGUAAAACAUUUAAUUUAGAUGAAAAAACUAAGUUUUGCUCCUGACUUUAUGUAAAUGUACAUAUCGACUCGAUAAUAUGAGCCCGAUCACUUUUAAAACAUAUAAAUGUUUAAUAAGAAAACUUCAUUUUACUGU